AUGACGACCCUUCGACGCCUCAUCGCGCGCACGGCGCGCUCGGUGACGUCGAUGCGAACGCGCGCAUCGCUCUCCGCGUCCUCGUUUCACGCGAACGGCGACCGCGCGAGUGCGGUGGAGGAGGCGAACGCCUCGCUCGACGAAACGUUCGGCCUCGGCGGCGUUCGCGUCGGCGGUGGAGGCGAUGACGCGGCGCCUACGGGUCGCUUAACGCACGUAGACGAGCGCUCGGGUGCUGCGUCCAUGGUGAACGUCGGUUCGAAGCCGUCGACGUCGAGAGAAGCGACGGCGUCGGCGCGGGUGUGGCUCGGCGCCGAGGCGUUCGCGUUGGUACGAGAAAAUAGAAUGAAAAAGGGUGACGUACUCGCCACCGCGCGCAUCGCGGGGAUCAUGGGGGCGAAAAAAACGCACGACUUGAUUCCGUUGUGUCACGCCAUCGCGAUCGACGCGGUGAAAGUUGAUUUAACGCUGAAUGAAAGCGAGCGCGCCGUCGACAUCGUCGCGGUAGCUUCGUGUACUGGUAAAACGGGAGUGGAGAUGGAGGCGCUCACGGCGGCGGCGGUGAGUGGGUUGACGAUUUACGACAUGUGUAAAGCGGUGAGUAAGGACAUCGUCAUCGGAGACGUUAGGUUAGAGGCCAAAGUUGGUGGCAAGAGCGGGAAUUGGUCGCGGCGUGAAAUAGAAUAG